AUGCCACGCCCCCCUCGCUGCGGAGUUGUUGCACAAAAGCACACUUUGCCCCGCAAAUAGACUUCUUAGGAGGAAGGAGAACACACGCCAAACAGGUGACGAGGACUGGGCAUAAGAGACGCUUUCAAGAUGCUGCCCAAAGACCUGAAGCAGAUCCGAGUACUAAUACUGAAUGACAAAGAUGAUUUAUCCAGGACCCUGUUCAGACUUGAUCAAGGUUUUGAGCUCCAGUUCCGUCUCGGUCCGAGUCUCCAAGGACGGAAAGUUACGGUGAAAACCAACUACCCACCGGAAGGAAAGCGGUUUGAACGGAACACUUUCCGUGUUUUGUCCUGGAACGUGUCGUCAGGACGGGAGGACGAUUCUGAUAAGUUCUGCUCUCUGGAUGUCAAAGUGGCCGGUUCUUAUCAGUACUACUUUGGGUUUGGUGACGCAGAAAAGUCGGGAGGAGGCUACAUCGUGAUCAACCCUCUCCUUCACGUGGGACCAGACAACCAUGUCCUUCCUUUGGACUGCGUCACCAUUCAGACAUAUUUGUCCAAGUGUUUGGGGGACUUGGACGACUGGCCAGCCAGACUGAGAGUUGCAAAGGAAUCAGGGUACAACAUGAUCCACUUCACACCUUUGCAGACUCUUGGAGUCUCCAGGUCAUGCUACUCGCUAGCGGACCAGCUCGCCUUCAGCCCUGAGUUCAGCGCAAAGGGUCAAAAUUAUAGCUGGGCAGAUGUGGGCGGCCUUGUGGAAAAGCUGAGGAGGGAAUGGAACAUGCUGUGUAUUACUGACGUGGUGUACAACCAUACAGCUGCAAAUAGCCAGUGGAUCAGCGAGCAUCCAGAAUGUGGCUACAACCUGGUCAACUCCCCCCACCUGCGCCCGGCCUGGGUCUUGGACCGGGCCAUCUGGCAUUUAACCACCGGGAUAGUGGACGGAAAGUACAGCGGCCUUUCUGUCGACGUCACCAAUGAAAGCCAUCUGAAUGCCAUCCGGAGUUUGCUGUGGAAUGAUGUGUAUCCUCAGAUCAAACUUUGGGAGUUCUACCAGGUCCAAGUGGACAGUGUUGUGGACCAGUUCAGAACUCUCCUACAGAAUGGUGUGAAACCGGACAAUAAGACCGGGGAGAGAAAAGGUCUUCACAUCGUCCAGGACGUUCAUUACCGACGUUACGGCAGCACAGUCCACAUGGAUUCCGCCCUGGAAGCGUUUGUGCCUCGCAGCUCCUCCCCUCGGGACGUAGAGGAGUGCUGCGGUUUGCUUCGAGAGAAACUGCAGCAGCUCAACGAGGAACAGCAGCACAUUGUGCAUCAGCAUCUUGAGCAGGCGGCCAACUGCAUUGUGGGGAAUAUCACGUACGAGCGUCUUGCUGAACAUGGACCCAAGUUAGGCCCAAUUAGCAAGAGGGACCCUCUCGUUACCAGGUAUUUCACCUUCCCAUACCAGGACAUGACUUUGGAAGAGGAAAUGCAGCUGCUGGACCAGCCAGAGAAGACGUGUAACUUCCUGGCUCACAACGGCUGGGUGAUGGGGGAUGAUCCACUGCGGAAUUUCGCUGAGCCAGGGUCGAACGUCUACAUCCGCCGGGAGUUGAUAUGCUGGGGCGACAGUGUCAAACUCCGCUAUGGCAAGGGGCCGGAGGAUUGCCCUUUCCUGUGGGCUCACAUGAGGAAAUACACUGAAAUAACGGCCAAACACUUUCAUGGAGUCAGGCUGGACAACUGCCACUCGACACCGUUGCAUGUCGCAGAGGCCAUGCUUGAUGCAGCCAGACUGGUCAGACCCAAUUUGUACUUGAUCGCUGAACUGUUUACAGGCAGCGAGCUCAUUGACAAUGUGUUUGUGAACCGGCUGGGAAUUAGCAGCCUUAUAAGAGAGGCCAUGUCAGCUGGGGACUGCCAUGAAGAAGGAAGAUUGGUCUAUCGUUACGGUGGGGAACCGGUCGGAGCUUUUGUCCAGCCCAGUCUCCGUCCGCUGAUGCCCUGCAUUGCCCAUGCCAUGUUCCUUGAUGUCACCCAUGACAACGAGUGUCCCAUACAGCUGCGUUCACCACUGGACUCGCUGCCCAGUUCUGCAGUCGUCUCCAUGGCCUGCUGUGCGACUGGCUCUACUCGAGGAUAUGAUGAAUUAGUGCCGCAUCAGAUUUCUGUUGUGAAGGAGGAGCGUUUCUACCCCAAGUGGAACCCUUCGGCUUCCCCUGCCUCGGCCGGCGAGGUUGGACCUCAGUCUGGCAUCAUUGCAGGGAAACGGGCUCUCAAUAAAUUGCACCAGGAACUGGCUGCCCAGGGCUUCAUACAGGUCUAUGUAGACCAGGUUGAUGCAGAUAUUGUUGCAAUCACUCGUCACUGUCCCAGCACCCAUCAGUCCGUGGUGACGGUUUGUAGGACGGCUUUCAAGAACCCGAAAACACACCAAUACAGCGCUGAUGUACCGCCGAUGUUUAUUCCUGGGACAAUUGAGGAGGUGGUUUUGGAGGCAAGGACAGUGGACAGACAUGGUGGCAGCUAUGAGAAGGACGACAACUACAUCAACGGCAUGCCGGAAUACACCGUACAGAUCAAAGAGCACAUCGCAUUACAGGAGAGCACAGUGGUGAAACAAGCUGAGGUGACAUCUAAAGGUCGAUCGGAGUUCGUACAGGAAAUCACCUUUCAGAAAUUGACACCAGGAAGUGUUAUUGCCUUCAGGGUUAGUCUGGACCCCAAAGCCCAGAAAUUGGUUGGGGCAAUCCGAUACAUUCUGUCCCAAUUCAGCCUGAAGUACAGAAAAGGAAGUAUAGCAGAUGAAAACCCACCGGAGGUCCUGAAGAUGCCUUUGGCACAGCUGAUGUCCAAGCUGUCGCUGGCAGACAUGAAUGUCCUGCUCUUCCGUUGCGACGCAGAGGAACAAGAGGAUGGCGGAGGCUGUUACGACAUCCCAGGAUGGAUGGCGUUCAAAUACGCGGGUCUCCAAGGACUGAUGUCUGUGCUCGCUGAUAUCCGUGCCAACAAUGACCUGGGCCAUCCUGUUUGUGCCAACCUGAGACAGGGGGACUGGAUGAUCGACUAUGUCUCCAAUAGACUCACACGGCGGGAAGGACCUCUGGCACAGGUUGGCCAGUGGCUGGCCGCCAUGUUUGCUUACCUGAAACACAUCCCACGCUAUCUCAUCCCCUCCUACUUUGACGCCAUCCUCGUGUCCACCUUCACCACCGCCCUGGAUGCAACCUACAAACUCAUGCCAAGUUUCAUUCAGAGCGGCUCCAGCUUUGUGCGACACCUGGGUCUGGGCUCCCUUCAGAUGUGCGGGGUCGGACGCUUCCCCGCCCUACCCCCUCUUUCGGUGGACAUCGAGAAUGUUCCGUAUCGCAUCAACCCGGUCACGGGCCAGAAGGAGCAAUGCUGUGUCACUCUGGCUGCAGGUCUCCCUCAUUUCUCCACGGGAAUCUUCCGCUGCUGGGGCCGAGACACUUUCAUCUCUCUCCGAGGACUGAUGCUGCUCACCGGGAGACACGCGGAAGCCCGGAACAUCAUUUUGGCAUUCGCAGGGACGUUACGUCACGGUUUGAUUCCGAACCUUUUAGGCGAAGGCCGCUGUGCCAGAUACAACUGCCGUGAUGCUGUGUGGUGGUGGCUCCAGUGCCUCCAGGAUUACGUGAGCCACGUCCCCGAAGGACAGCGCAUUCUCCAGUGUCCUGUCACGCGCAUGUACCCGACUGACGACAGCGAGCCCUGUAAACCGGGAGAAGUGGAGCAGCCUCUGUAUGAUGUGGUUCAAGAGAUCCUGCAGCGCCACCUCCAAGGGAUUUCUUUCAGAGAGCGAAAUGCUGGCCCCAAGAUAGAUAUGAACAUGAGAGAUGAAGGCUUCAAUGUGGCCAUCAACGUGGAUCCAGAAACAGGCUUUGCCCACGGAGGAAACCGCUUUAACUGUGGCACGUGGAUGGACAAGAUGGGGGAGAGUGAGCGGGCAAGAAACAAAGGCAUACCUGCUUCUCCCAGGGACGGAGCAGCUGUGGAGAUAAUCGGUCUGAGCAAAUCAACCGUCCGCUGGAUUGUGGAGCUUGGUGCCAAAGGACUGUUUCCUUAUGAUGGAGCUAAAGUACACAGAAAUGGCAAAGAGGUGUUCAUUGCGUACGCCCAGUGGAACGAGCAAAUCCAGCAGUCCUUUGAGCCAUGUUUCUGGGUGUCUGGGGAGCCCAUGGACCCCAAUGAAAAACGUCCGGACCUGGUGCACAAGAAGGGUAUCUAUAAAGAUAGCGUUGGCGCAUCCAGCCCAUGGUGUGACUACCAGCUGAGACCCAACUUCACCAUCGCCAUGGUCGUGGCACCGGAACUUUUCACCGUGGAUCGAGCCUGGAAGGCACUUGAAAUGGCUGAGAAGAAACUACUCGGACCGCUUGGAAUGAAAACCUUAGACCCUGAUGAUAUGGUCUACUGUGGCGUGUAUGAUAAUCCCUUGGACAAUGACAACUACAAUGUGGCAAAAGGCUUCAACUACCAUCAAGGACCAGAGUGGCUAUGGCCUGUCGGAUACUUUUUACGGGCCAAACUCUACUUCGCCAGGAAGCAAGGUGAAGAGACGUACGCCAAGACGGCCACCUUGGUCAAAAAUGUUCUGUCACGUCUUUAUACUCACCUUGAGAGGUCACCGUGGAAAGGUCUGCCAGAGCUGACCAACGAGAACGGCCAGCACUGCCCAUUUAGCUGCGAGACCCAGGCGUGGUCUUUGGCUUGUGUGCUGGAAGUACUGUACGACUUCUAGGAAACGUCGACACGGCCCCUCCCCCGUGCCCCCGCUCGUUAUUGUGUAGAUCAAUGUAGCGCUUUUCAGUGGUGCAUGUUGACGUCAAAAGGCGAACCGAUGCUACGCUAGAGUCCAUUUAACUGUUGUUCAGGACAUUUUAAUUCA